CAGGAUAACAUAUUGUGGAGAGAAUAAUGAGCAUAUGAUGAAAUCAUUACACAACCAGAGAUAUUUAUCGUCUUAAAAAAUUGCCUCGAUGAAUCUUCUUCCCCAACAAGUUUCUCGGGAAAAUAAGCGCGUUCCUCGGCGGAAUAGAGCGAUGCUGUGAGCUAGCGACUUGGGGAUCAGUGAAUAUCGUUAACGAAUUCAAGAGAGGAAGGCCCUUUGUGUUCCGGUCACCGUGGAAUGCUUUCAUUGAGAAGUGGAUGCCCAGUGUAAAUACAAGCGAUAAACACAAGAUAUCGACCCAUUGAAUAGUAUUGACCAGUAUAAACAUUGCGGCUGAUGUCUUUAUCAUAGAAGUUUUUAAAUUUUUCCAAUUAAUAGUUCAACGGAUUGCUUCUUAAUUCACAAUAAUGACCUAAUCAUCAAAGACCAUUCUGUGCGAUACAUCUUGUAUUGACCAAGUGUAAUGUGAUAUGGAGUCCAUUAAAUAAAGCUAUGAAGAUCUAUGUGACGUUGAGAAAUGGAGGGGACACGCAUUUAUAAGAACUUUCAUCAGUGGUUGCUGCCCCCUCGGGCUGUAGUGGGGAUACUAGGGCUCGCCUCCGUCUUCGUGUUUGUGGGUAUUGUGCUGCUGGCUAUUGGAAGCCCCGGAUUAACGGUUGGAGGAGCGAUAUUUUUCGGUAUUGGCCUGAUCCUGGUUUUGAUCUGUCUGCUGUUGUGCCUGCACGCCUGUUUUGUGCUGUACGUUAAAGACGAAGGCACGCAAACCCAAGCUGUAAGUUUUAAUGACACCACAUCCUCAGACAACAAAAGAGCUUCAGACUUUAUACCAACAUAUGCCGUCAUUGACAAAAAGCCGCCACCUUCCCCAUCCAGUGUCCGUAAUGGUCGAAUCGGAGGGGGAGCGGGAACAUCGAAAAAGUUUGUGACUCUCGGUGGUAAUCCCCCACAUAGUGCGACAGUGACCUAUCAAGACAGGGGAAACUCGGUGCCAUAUCAAACUUCGCUGACAUAUCCUCCAGCAAUUGAAGGAGGUAAUCUUAAAUACUCAACAUACAAUGCGGGGCAACCCUCGUAUGAGUAUCAGCAACAACCGCAGCAACAAUACUAUCAGCAACAACAACGAAUCGCACGACAGCUAUUUCCGGUCAAUUCCUCGCAGCCGACUCCAUAUAGUACCUUAAGUUCAAGACAACAACAAAGUUCUAAUUACGCUGUACAGGUCUAUCCCGGAUUUAGCUCGCGUUAUGAUGAGGAUUACGAUAAUCCCGGAGAUUCCACGCCAAUGUUAAAUCAGCAACAGUCUCCUCGGUGGGCAACUAACUCUUCUUUAGCAGACGACAUCCCAGAACCUACUCCUUUGGUGCAUCCGUCUGCUAAACGACCUAUGACGUUUGAUCAGGUUUCAUCUUCAAAGAUGAGCAUUUAUGACAAUGUACAAUUCGGUUUAAAUAAGCUUGAUGAGGAAGAAUGAUUGAUUUUGUACAUGAUGUACCCAAGAACUGUUGUUAUAUUCGUUGUGUGUACCGUAGCAUUGUGUUUUGCAUUAUAUUUUUAUUAUGUUGUGUUAUAAUAUUACAUGUGUAUGAUAAGAAAAUGAAUCCAAAUAUAUAUAUACAUAAAAAUUUGAGCAUGAAACGUCUAGCUUGAGACUGAAAUUAAACGUUCUGAGUGCAAAGAA